UUCACGAUUUAAAUCCUUAAAAUCUUUAAAAUCUUACGAUUUUACGAUUCAAAUCUUAGAUUCAAUUUUACAUAUUUCCCCCAGAAUUUGCAAAAUUAUGCCUCUUUUUCUUAUCCUUCACAAGCAUCAUCUAGUUCUCUCACACUAAUCACCAUUGAUUAUAAUCAAUUCACAUCAACGUAUUAAUCAUCAUCGAUUCACCACCUCUUAACAUUAACCUUGAUAAAUUGGAACAUUAACCUUGAAAAAUUAUAAUUGUAAGUGUUAUGUGCUUUUGUGUUAUUCAUGAUUUUCAUUACUAAUAUUAUUUUGUCUUCAUUUUUAUAGGGACCUUAAAAUCCUACGAUUUUGUGAUUCCGAUUUUACCCCCAUUUUCUAUUUUACGUAAAAUCCCGAUUUUGACUGCUUUGGGUAUACCGAAACUGGCCAAACUAGUUACCAAUUACCGAUACCGGUUUGUAACCGGUUUACCGAUUACUGAAUUACCGGUAAACGGUUACAAACCGGUAUUACCGAAAUACCGUGAGAAGCGACUUCGGGCGGUUUUUCGGCCGGUUAUCGAAUAUUUACCGAACCGAAUUUCUGGAAGUGGGGUGAUGUUAUAAUAUUUUGAGUUUUUUGAGUUUUUUUAUCAUUUUGGUAAUUAAUAAUUUAUUAUUAACUAUUAUUUACAAUAUUUUUGAGGCCUAUACUUACUUACAAUGUUUUUAGGGUUUGGCCGUUUGGGGGUAAAGCAACAAAACGCAGCGCAACACUAGGGAGUAGGGAGGGAGGAUUCGGUAUCGGUAAUACCGAUUUACCGUCGGUAUUUACCGAUACCGUGUCCGGUAAACCGACUCCCCCAACUUCCCGCUUAGCUGCCGAUACCGCCGGUAAACACGUCAUUCAGAUCUAAUGGUGGAGAAUUAAAGACAUUUUAUUUUCUCUAGUUUUCUUAAUCGACCCUUAUCUUCUUUGUUUUAACUCGGAUUUCAAUUAUUUUUGCACAGAUGGAACAAGUUCGUUGUGCUCUACAAAAUGAGAUCAACUUUCAAUAUUUUUUGAGAUUUUUUCCCAUACCUCUCGUUACCAACUCCAUACCAUAUGGUAACUACUUUGUUUUUAAGUCGUUUUUGAAAACGUUUGCUCAGAAGGAAUGAGUUCAUAAUAAUCUAUUUGGAUCUACAAAUUUCUGGGUGAAAAAAACAGAUAUAGUAUUGGAACAAUAAUUAGCUUUAUUCUUUUCAUGGAUCCAAAAGAGAGGAACGCUUGACUCUUGAGGGGUUAUGCAAAGUAUUAAAUAUGUGCAUAUAAUAUAUUAGACAUAUGACUAAUUGUUUAACUGGUUAAUUGGUUUGAUUGGUUAGAAGUGUAUGAAACAACACCAAAUCAUAGUUAUUAAAAUACGGUUGGAGAUCCAUAAUCUCUCCAACUCAAUAUGCUUAACUCUUUGUUGCAGUUUCAGCGUACCUCAAAUCUGCAGAACUUUGUCAACAACACUUUUCUCGUGUUGCUGUCUAAGAAGGAUUUUGUUGAAGACAUACAAGACAUUAGACCCAUGAGCCUUAUCGACAGCUUAUACAAAAUUCUAUCGAAGUCCUUGAUGCUGAAAAAUGAAGAGGUUCAUGGAUUCCAUCAUCUCUCCAAAUCAAUCUACUUUCGUUCAUGGCCGACAAAUCCUCGAUGCAAAUUUAUUCGCAAAUGAGCUCAUCGAAUCAAGAACUAAAAGUGGUAAGCCAAGAAUUCUACUCAGGCUCGACAUCGAGAAGGCUUUCGACCAUGUGAACUGGGAAUUCUUGUACUUCUGCUUACAUUGAAUGGGAUUCGGACCCAAAUGGAUUUCUUGGAUUUGAGCUUGCACAUCUACUUCCCAUCUAUCCAUUGUGCUUAAUGGAGAAUCUACUGGAUACUUCCGCAGUCACAGAGGGGGUUGCGACAGGGAGUUCCAUUAUCCCCCUUCAUCUUCAUCAUCAUCAUGGAAGGCCUCUCCCUCAUUUUUUACAACCUUAAAGAUGCAAGAGUGAUAUCAGGCUUCCACAUGAAUCAUGAAACUUUUGCAGGCCAAGUCAGUCACCUAUUGUAUGUCGAUGAUACUCUCUCUUCUGCGAUGCAAACCAUAAUGAGAUCCUUCACAUCCAAGCAACUCUACGGUGUUUCGAGUUCGUUUUUAGGCUCAAAAUCAAUAUGCACAAGUUAGCGAUUCUUCCAAUUGGAGAUGUCCCGACUUUCGCACAAUUUGCGACAACCUUGGGAUGCAAGGUUGUACAACUUCCAUAAUCAUAUCUCGAGUUGGCACUUAGGGCUCACCCGACAUCCUCUUUUACUUGGGUACCAGUGGUGGACAACCUUUCUCGUAGGUUGUCUUCUUGGAAAGGUAAAUGGUUGUCAUUUGGAGGACGUUUGAUCUUUGACUAAAAGCACACUAAUCUACUUGGCAGUUUAAUACCUACUAGGAUUCAGCCCGCGCUCUGCUGCGGGAUACUAUUUCUGUCAUAAUUUAAAUGGGAUUUAAUAUAAUCUAUUACCAUAAUUGUUAUGUCCCAAACAUAGACAUAAAUGUUGUCAUUGUCAUAACCAUAUAAUCUAUUACCAUUAUGCAAAAGAGUGACAGUUUUUGCAGAAUAACAUGAAUGUAGUUAGGAGUGUUGCCAAGUCUCCAUGAUAUAUCUACUAAACUAAUAAAAGUUCCAUGGCGGAGACUGAAGAUUUGGAAAACAGUAGAACAAAAUGUUUGCAGAAGUUUCGUGCCUUUGUUGUUUGCACGAUAUCAAAAUGGCAAGCUUUGAAGGACAACAUCAUUUCUCGAAUGCUGAUCGGUCCCAGAGGGUGAGCACUGUCGCUUUUGGCUGCAUGUCUGAAUAUCUGUCCCCCACUUUUUUCCAUGCGACAUUCAACUCCGCAGCAUAUUUUUUGUUACAGUUCUUUGCGAUCAAUUCGAUGAUUUCGUCCUUCUUCAGAAACUGAUAAUCAGAUGGUGACUUACGAAUAAGUGACAAAGCUGCUUCAUGCUUAAACACCACAUCUAUUUCAGAUCCUCCUUGCCGACAUUUCCCUUCCAGUUUGUAUGUCAAUCUUGCAACACAAUUUUUUUUGUUAGGUUAUACAAAGAGUAUUAUUAUGCCUUGUGUAAACAUGGGAGAAUGGUCAAAAGCUUACCCUGUGUUCUCUCCACGAACUUUGCAUAUGCUUUUUCUGUAUAUAAACCUUGGAAUGUUAAUCAAUGUCAUGUAAGUAA